CGGCAGUCGUGUGACGUCGUGUGUGGCUGGUGUGGCAGUGUGUGGUCAGUGGUGUGGCGUGUCUUCUCCGCGAACCAUCGUGGGACUUGUUGGCUGCGAGAACAAGAGAAACGCGCGAGGGAGAGGAGGCGGUCGCUACCUGGUUCAGGUUCAGCUUCGUCUGCGUUCGCGCGAGCGCGGGCUCCUGAGGACAGCGACGGCGACGGCGGCGGCGACGGCGGGACGACCGAGGGCUCGUCGUCGUCCAGCACAGCGACAGCGACGAGAAAGAGAAGGUGGUCAGCACGACUGAGAUUUAAAUAUCCGUAUUCUACCUGAGUUCUUUCUUUCAUAAGAGGGAUUCAUCAUGGAUAAUAAAAAGGACGAAGUUAUAAAGAAUUUACGGUCAUGUUUGAUUUCCUGUAAAGGUGGCAUCCGGUUGGAAGCCUUGAGAAGGGACUAUCAAGUAAUAACAGGGGAGCUAUUACCCUUUAAACAAUUCGGAUAUUCUUCUGUGGAAGCUUUCGUACGUAGCAUACCGGAUGUUGCGGUGAUAAAAAAAAAUGGAGAAUUGUUUGUGGAAGCCGUGCCUUCCAAGACGACGGCGCAUCUCACGAAACUGGUUUCGCGACAAAAGAUACGACGAAAAAUACGACCACAACCAAAAAAAUGGACCCCGCCUCGAUACACGAGAACUUUUCCGUCUGGCGUUAGAAGUAAUAAUAACGUCAGCAGUGGUAGCCAGCCUACCAGGAGUAAUUACGUUAGUCCUCCAAAUGCUUUUACUAGAUCAACACCCGGCAAGAGUAACUUGUAUACAGAAUUUUGCAGGGUAGCACCGCUGUUGAAGACUUCCGAUCCUCGAAAAGAACUGGAGAUUCGUGCCAACGCGCUAAACUUACAACCGCCUGUUUACAAAAUGUAUUCAAGAAAGGAAAAACAUUCUGAUAAAACUACGAUUUAUGCCGUUGUAGAAAUUGGCACGUAUACAUUACACACGUACCCGGAGGACGCAGCGUCCGAGGAGGAAGCUGAGAAGAUUGCGGCACGUUUAGCCCUGGUACGUCUUGCUAAGGGUUCGUCGAGCCCCGACGUGACAACCGCCGACGUGGAAUUGAUAAAGAAUCGAAUUUUUGACAUCGUAACCAAUCAUCAAAGUGGGGUUUUUAUGCAUCUAUUACCCGAUUGCUAUAACGAACAAUAUGGGGAGGCCUUGCCCCAUAAUUGGGAAAUGAUCAUUGAGCAGUGCGCGGAUAUAAAUCAAGAGAGAGGCGUCGGGAAUUCCACGAUACUGUGUCAAUCCUCCCCGAAACGGUCGGAAGGUAAUUCCGUGCCAUCCAAAAAUGUUUUUGAGAACAUUUCAUUUAACGAGAAGAUACAAUUGAAUCCGAUCGGGCCUGCCGUGCCGGAUACAUUGCCAGUACCUGAGGCGACUAUUUGGCAAGUAUACGCCACUUACGUUGUGAACACUAUCGAAAUUUGGGUUCGACUCGGUGACGAAAAUAAUGAAUUCGUUGAUAUGACAAACGAAAUGAUGAAGCAUUACACUCAAAUAAGUAAACCCAUCUCUUCGGCAUGUGUGCCCGGCGAUUUCUAUGCCGUUUUCGAGGAAAACUAUUGGCACAGAGUCCAAUGUACAGAUUUUGAUGUCGAGACCGGAUUGGCCACAGUUUUCUUUAUCGACGCGGGUUAUGAGGAACAGUACAAACCCGACGUUUUGCAUCCUUUGGACAAGAAAUUUUGCGUUCUACCGUGUCAAGCUAUUAGAGUAGGUCUUCACGGAUUAAAGGACUUGCGCGAUUGCGCCCAGAUAGUGACGGAGAUCGAAAAUCAUCUUAUAGUUGAUCGAUUGUUUUUCGUGAAAGUACAUGGCAUGGAUGCCGAUGAAUACAGUUCGUACGUAACGGUGACUUUUUAUGACACCAGCAAUGAAGACGAAGAUGUCGAUGUAAACCAAGUUUUAUUCGACAACACCUUGGACGAUAUGACCAGUGCAUUCAAAAUGCGUGUGGGGCAAUUAACCGAAUUGUACGUUACGCACAUAGAUGAGGGUGGUAAAGUUUAUGCCCAACUAAACUCGCUCGCUAAAACUAUAUUGAGUGGA